AUGCCCGUCAAACAAGCGUUCAGACCACCCAAACCGAUACAAAAGAGCUCCAAGACCACCACUGCAGCUACAUCCACAACCACCAAAACCACCGCCGCUGCUGCCAAAAGCAAGCAGAAGCAGCCUCGUAAUGCUCAAAAGCAGACCACCACCCUAGCUCCUCAAGAGCUUGCCCAGACACAGGCGCAGGCUCAAGUGCAGGCCCAGAGCCAGCGAGUGGAGCAGUCGACUGGGCAGGAUCAGAGUGUCGUGACCCAGACCGAGAGCUUGGCCAUCAUGCGAGUUUCUCUGGAAGCUAGUCUCGGAGCAAUCUGCUACUUGAGACGCCUCCUUCCUGAUGACAACUUUGUCGACACCUACAUGGCCUCCACCGCUGUCCCCGACAAGACUCCAGAGCAGCAGUACGGCUUGUCUCAGCCAGACCCCAACUCGCAGAUGGGCUCUCAAUCUCAUGGCUCUCAGCAGAGUCAAAGCAAAGGAUUCAAGUACCCGAAGAUCAGUGAUAGUUCUCCGGAAGGGAGGAGACUGUUGAGUUUGAUCAAUGACGGCGUCAUGGACGCCAUCUCGAAGGGCUACCUGCGCUCUUUCAUGUUUAUCCUCUUCCUUGACAAAGACGAUCCUUCCAACAUCAUCGAGUCCUACACUUUCAACUUUUUCUACACUGGAGCUUCUAACGCCCCCUCUCUCAGCAUGACUCACACCACCGGCAGCCCAUCCGGUUACGUCAACGGAGAUAUAGAAGUCGAAACCGUUGGGGCCGUCAAGACGAGUGCGGAGCUUGAGGCGCCAAAGACUCACCAGGAUUGUAGGAAAGCUGUCAAGGCCAUGAUGAAGACGCUCAUUCUCAAGUGCCAAAAGCUUCCGGACCUGCCUCGUCAGCGAUAUGUCGACUUCAAGCUUUCGUAUAACGAGAGCGCACCUCCAGACUAUGAGGCUCCAGGGUUCAAAGAUUGCUCCGGCACCUCUCUCCUCAUGGCCACUUGCGACGUCGAUGCAGCUCCGUCCAACAUACAAAUGGGCAAUACUGCAACCGGGACUCACGGCAUAUCGGUCACCGCUCAAUCCAUCGCAGAGUACCUGCCCUCUAGACUUGACUCUGAUGAACGCCAAGGAGUCUCCGACCCUGGGGAUGUCGAGAAAGAACACGAGGAGCAGAUGACCAACGUCAAGAAGAGAAAAGUAGCAUGGUGUGCCGAUCUCCCCGUAUAUGAUCGUCAAAUCUACGAGCCAGACUCUAUGGACCCUCACUCUGUCCUCAAACAGCCUUUGGGCAAGCUCAGAGAGGAUGGCACCGUUGAGCCAAUGUUCAAACCUGGUAUGCGACCCGAUAGCCCAAACGCAGCGUGGAAGAAGCGUGCCCGUGAUACAUUUGACGAGGAUCUGUUGGAACUUUCGGGUGCUCAGCGAGAACCAACAGUUGUUUCCAGAAGCGCGAGUGUGGUUCAGUCCGUCUACGACCACGAUGCCGACGGUGAGACAGAGUUUGAAGGUAGCCAGCUCGCCAACGUGGCCAACAGAGCUCAAGCCUCUCGCGCCUCAACACGAGAAGCGACACGAGAACCAACGGAACAGCCCCGCAACGUCUCCGUCUUCCAAGAUACUGACACUACUCCCGACUCGGGUGCCCUCCUAUCCGACCCUGCGCCUGACCGCCAGCCUCUCCAAGACAAAGAUCCCAACGAGCGCCCCCGCAAAUCUCCCAAGACGACUGGCAAAUCAACCGCUACCGGCACCGAUGACUCCAGCAUCACAAGACAGUCUCCAUCCAAGUCGAAGAAGAAGCAGGGCUCCAAGAAGUCCCACAAAAAGGCCCCUGUCUCCGACAAAUCCCCGACUGAUACUGGAAAUCCCGUUGCGACUACUCCUGCAUCAAAACCAACAUCCCCUCGCAAAACAGCAGCUCAAAAAAUGGCUUUGGCAGCUGCUUCUCCGGACAAGCAAAGACCCACGACCAAGAAGUCUGCGGCACCUCGGGUGGAUACACAUGUGGUGGAAGUGGAAGGAAGAGAGCCCGUCACUUGCUUCUGUGGAUCCGUGGACGAGGAUGACGCAAGUAUCCAGUGUGAUGGGUGUGGACAUUGGGUUCAUUUACCUUGUGUUGGUUUCUCCGUGCUCAAAGCUGCCGCUCAGACUCAAGACUGGUUCUGUAUUUUGUGUCAGAUGGACAAAGACGAUAAACACACAUGGACGAAAAACGAUUACAAGCAAGUACGAGAAGGAAUGGCAAGGCUGGCAAUUGUCAGACGUUUGGUUUCUCGUAUCCGAGGAGAAGGCGGUAUCGGCAACGAGGUUUCACAGUACACAGAGUCGCUGAACUGUACCAAAAAGACUCUCAAACGCGCCCUUGCUACACUUCAUGAGGACGGAUUCAUCGACGGUGCUCAUGGCUCGAGACGAGGAAAGAAGGCCUACUACAAGUAUCUACAAAACCCGGACACGUCGAAGCGACUCAUCGAAUACUUUGAUCCUGGAGCCGGUGUGGAGAUUGACCUUUUCCCGUUUCGCAAAGCUCAACACUCUGACGACCAGACAGACGAGCCCGCCGAGCCUCUCCCCAACUCUCAAGGCGUUCCCAUGCCCGACCUGCCAUCUACCUCUUCAUCCAACAACCCAUCCGGAAUGCUCAAUCUCAACUCCGCCCGGACCUCAUCCAGUACCGUUAGGACUACAUUUGGAAACAGUAUCCCAUGCUUGGACAAGUAUCCCGUGAAUCAGUGGAUGUUACCGGCGAUCAGGAGUAGUAGGGCAGAGGAGCCUAUCGAACUGUUGGAGGACUGGUAA